AUGGGUUGUUCAGAAUCACAAGAGACUUGCAGGAAGCAUCAAAACCACAAACAAGCUUCCGGGGUUUGUCCAUAUUGUCUUAGAGAAAGGUUGUCUCUUUUGCAGAAGAAGAAGAUCACAAUUGUUGCCUCACCUAAUUCUUCGAAUUGUUCUUCAUCAUUCAACGAUGUGUCGCCUCCUUCUCCGCCUGUGAGUUCGAAGCAUCACCGAAAGGUUUCGGAGGUGAUGGGGUCGGUAUCGUUGAUGUGGAGUGAUGGUAAUGGGUUGAAAAAGAGUAGAUCAAUUGCUGUCGUUCCAAGAAACUAUAUGGGAGACGUUGAGAAUGCGAAGAAGAAGAAAGGGUUUUGGUCAAAGUUGCUUCAUCGGGGUUUAUAA